UUUUAUUCAGAUGUGUUGUGAUCUGUCAAAAUUGGAGGGAAAAUACAAAGACUGGAGCCAAAUUAGCACCUACACCAAUUAUCUAAAAGUUUGAGUUAAUAUCACCUGAAGGAUUAUGGAAAUGAAACAAGAGACUCUGGAGUCAGCAGACAAAUAUAUAAACAGUAGUCCUACCCUGGAUGAUAUCUACACUGACAUUUGUUCUAUAUACAUUUCGGACGUUGACAGUAUGGUUCACGGUGACCGUACCACACCCACAGGAUGUCUGCCUGCAUGUCUACCCACCUGGGAUUGUUCACCUGUGCCUACCUCCCUACACAACAGCAUGAUGCAUCUACGCUCCCUGUCACCCAACCAGAGAUACGAUGAGAUCCCUUCGUGCCAGCAUAGUGAGUAUUAUAACAAUGUAAAUUGUCAGGACACUUUGUCACAAAGCUCCACCUCACAAAGUUAUCAGGAGUGGGGUGUCUAUAACUGGGAACAUUUCUCUGGGUAUAAUCCACAGACACACAGAUAUGAUAUUCCAUCAAGUCUCACUGAUGGAGGCAGUUGUUACUACAAAUCCACAUCCCUGCCCGUUUGUAACACGCAGCAGUAUGGUGAUGAUAUUGCCCGAUGUUCCACCCCAGAUCUCAUCAACACACUCUCCUCACUCCAGUCUGAUAGGGAUCAGGGUGAAAGCUCAGCCCCCACACACAGCAGCACUAGUGAGAGAAAAGGAUCUAGUAACGUGGCUGUGUUACAGGAACACGGUACAUCAGCUAUGUUUAUGCACUUAGCACAGCGGUACCAGGACAGUGGUUAUAACUCUGACUUGUCUAUGUCACCCGUCUAUCCAUACAAGUCCAAGAGCACAACAAAGAGUAAACAAGACUUGGAUGAGGAAGUAAAAGACAAUCAAGUACAUCUCAACAGUGACGUGAAUGUAACUCAACAUGUUCCCAAGUUCAGUUCACUGGAGAAGGCCUCCUUAUCUAUGUCCCAGAGUAAUAUACUGACUUCACUACCCAAAGUCUACUGUUCGUCGCGUAAGGAGAGCCAGAUUCAAUCUAGUGACGUAUCCUCAUCGAACUACCAUUCCUCUGCGAACAUUACCAAGGCAACACACAGAAUGCCCCCAAUACAACCCAAUUUGAUGCUUUCUAACAAACACCCCACUAAACGACCGAUUCUGUCUCAGGAACACGACGGGCCUGCUAAACGUAAACAUGUGACACCAAUGACGGAGGUCGAUGGCACCAGUGAUGUAUUGACACAACAAAUUCCCACUACAGACAGGAAAACUGUGUUUCCUAAUCAUCACACUAAGACGAAGGCAGAUCGUGACAAGAAAAGUCGUCACAAUCAGCCACUGAGUCUGCAGGCCACCGGUGCUAUGAUGAGCUGGUAUGAGAGCCACCGAGAAAACCCUUACCCCACAAAGGUGGAGAAGGACGUGAUGGCCAAACUUGGAGGAAUCACAGUCACCCAGGUCAAGUCUUGGUUCGCCAAUAAACGUAACCGUAACAACAACACCCGUCCCAAGGUUCAGAAACGUCAGAUGACAGAGCGCCUGAUGAAUAUCUGUCACGAGUUGGCACGUAACACCCAACAUCCCACCAUGAACAAUGCAGACAUCAUUCAGAAACUGUCCACCAUUAUAAGUGUUUCUCCCAGUGAGAAUGUAUGAUCCAUAACUGGGGUAUUUCACCUAAUAUAACAGUGCAUAUAUACAAGUCCAUGGCCAUGUUUGUGCCUGAAGAAUGACCCUUGGUUUGUUAUACUAUAUUGACGGAUGAAAUCGCUCUCCCCCCAAUGUGCUAUUACUCAUUUCAAUUUGUUGCAAAAUUAAGUGUAAAAUUUAUGUAAAAAUGUUUUAUUUAUAUCAGCGUAUAUUUUUAAAAGCAAUAAAUAAGAGGAGGAAAUACUAUUUUUUUUCUUCUGCCAG